CCUAACCAAAUUAACGCUAAAGGGCAAACAAGGCGCAAACAUCAGCUUCCAGCCAACACCAAAUCUUUCCGCAAAACUGCCCCAUUCAUCCUUCCACGAUUUCUCAUCCCCUACCCACCGAUUAUUAGCCCUGAUUCGUAUACAUUCCAAUCCACGCUCAAUCUUCCCCAGUAUCCAGCUAUAUUAAUUUCCACACAUAUCUCUCACCCAUCAAUUCACAGACCCACAGAACUGUAUGCUCGUGAAUGGUGACUAGCUGGGGAGUUGCACCUGAAUUCUCUUUUACUGUUAAUUAGCUCAACGGAAUCAGUAUGAAUUACUGUGUUCCAGAUUUCGAAAUUGAAAUGGAUGAUGAUGAAUAUCCGAUGCCCACGUCUUCUUCUGGGGUGCCCCGCCAAAAGAAGCCCUCCGUGGCCCAGGACGACAUCAUGGAGCUCCUGUGGCAAAACGGCCAGGUCGUGAUGCAGAGCCAGAAUCAACGGUCUCAGAGAAAACCGCACCCAGAGAGGUACCCUGAUAGCGUAAUUCCAGCCGGUCCAUCGACGGCGAGUGAGAUUCGACCCUCACAGCAAGUAGAACAACACUAUCAGAAUCAACAUGUCUUCAUGCAAGAAGAUGAAAUGAUUUCCUGGCUUCAUUAUCCCAUCGUAGAUGAUCCUCCCUUGGAUCAUAACUUCUGCGCCGACAUCCUCUACCCGCAGCAGCCUGCUGUCAAUAACAUUUCCAUGCAAAAUCCUGACCGUAAGUCUCAAGCAACGGAACUUCGGCAGCCAUCGAGGUCGGUCGCUCCACGGCCGCCGAUUCCACCUCCACGGAAGCCGGAGCAGGUGCAGACGAUGAUACCGAACUUCGCGCACUUCUCGAAACACAAUGCGAGAGUCGAAACGGGACCGUCGAGUUCGAAGACGGCAAUGAAGGAAUUGACGGUGGUAGAUUCAUGCGACACUCCGGCCUUGAUGGCGUCGGCUUCCAGAGUCUCGGAGGCUUUCAGAAACUCGGCGGAGCCAACAAAGCGUGAUGAGGAUCCCGGAACCCUGAGCACUGCCGGGGCCGCGGCGCCUUCGACAACGUCGGUCGGCGGAGAUACUGGCUGCAGGGGGACAACAACGUGCGAGAUGAUGGCGACGUCAUCUCCGGGGGGUUCGAGCGGGGGUGCUGAACAUGCAGGGAAACCUCCGACUGAAGAUCGGAAACGGAAGGGCCGGGAACCCGAUGAAUCGGAGUGCCACAGCGAGGAUGUCUACGGUGAAUCUGCUGAAGCCAAGAAACAAAACUGCGGAUCAUCAUCUACUAAAAGAUCCCGUGCUGCAGAGGUUCAUAAUCUCUCGGAGAGGAGGCGUCGAGAUAGGAUUAAUGAAAAGAUGAGAGCCUUGCAAGAACUUAUCCCUCGCUGCAAUAAGUCCGACAAAGCUUCAAUGCUGGAUGAAGCAAUUGAAUAUUUGAAGUCACUGCAAUUACAAGUGCAGAUGAUGUCCAUGGGAUGUGGGAUGGUACCAAUGAUGUUUCCCGGAAUCCAACAGUAUAUGCCACCAAUGGGGAUGGGGAUGGGGAUGGGGAUGGGGAUGGGGAUGGGCAUGGGCAUGGGCAUGGGCAUGGAAAUGGGAAUGAAUAGGCCACUAAUGCCAUUUCCCAAUGUGUUAGCUGCUUCAGCUAUGCCACCGGCGGCGGCAGCUCAAUUGGGACCAAGGUUCCCUAUGCCUCAUUUCCAAAUGCCUCAUGCCCCUCAGCCUGAUUCAUCUAGAAUGCAAGCAGCCUCCAAAUCAACCGGAAAUAAUAUGCCUCCUUCUCUUGUCCCACCUGUUCCCAGUCAGUCACGGAUCCCAAACUUUAGUGAUCCUUAUCAGCAAUGCCUUGGUCCCCACCAGAUGCAUCUACAGUUCAUGCAGAACCAGGCAAUGAACAACCCAACUGUCAGCAAACCAAGUACCAUUAAGAGCCAUGAAAAUGCAGAAAAUAAUCAACCCGGUCAACCAGAGUAACUAUCAGGCACAGAACCAGAAAAAGAUACUAAUGGCGCCUCUCACUGUUGCUAUAGCUGGAACUAACAACACUGACAAUGGUUACUAUCCUGGCAUCCAUAGCAUAGCUGCCAAGUUUUGUAGUGUAAGAGAAGGAAGUUAUUAUCUGUUCUUAGUAGCAACCUAAUCUAUACAAACUACUAACAUGUAAAAUUAUUGCCAUCUUCGAAAAGAGGGAUUCUUUCGUGUCGUCCUCGUCAUUAUUAUUCUUACUCCUCUCCUUUCCCCCUCAAAUUUUUGAGAGUGAUAGCCACAGAGAGUCAUUCUGUACUUGUGAUACGGUUAGAGGAAGCAGAUACAAGGCGCAAAUACAAGAUGCUAAAAGACCGCUUCUUUAUGGAUGAAGCCUCAAUUCUUUUGAGAGCAAUGCAUUUGCAGGGCUUUCCACGACUGAUUGUUUGGUCAAAUUCUAAAUUAUAUAUAUACCUCAAUGUCAUAAUACUAGCACAUUCAUUACUGUGUGGCUGUUGUUUCGUUUUUGGUACUGUGAUUUCAUGUAAGCCGUUGAUUGAGAAGUUGAAUUGGGAAUCCGGAAUGCUCAUAAUGGAACAAGAAAAGGAGCAGGAAAGGUGUAAUAAUGAAGAAUGGAAGGUGGAGAACAUGUGAUAAGUGGUCCCAUGGGGUGACCACACUAUA